CAGGCUGUCCCGAUAUCGGCCGUCCGGUUCGUCAUCUCGUUUAGUCGUUGACUAUCGUUCUCUCGUCUUGCUCAGCAUCCCGACUGAUGUUUAGCUCACUGCCAGCGAUUCCGGUGGCAGUGCUCGCGAAAGAAACCGGCGUGAUCGUGUCACACCGGUUUUGCUUCUUUAGGGCACCGUUUAAUCGUGGCAAGGCACGAAGAACAGCAUCUUCGUUCACUCGGAUGCAUCCCGAAGGAGGAAAGUCGAUUUACAGCAGCAGGAUGUUGUUCCUGACGGUGGCGGCAUGCCUUUUCAUCACGGUGCAGGCCGGAUGUCCUAUGAGGCCCACCGCACAACAAUCUUCCAGUAACAGGACCUCCGGCGACGGUGGUUACAGGAUUCUCAUUAGCGGGGAAUCGGACAAGUACAUCCCGCACGCAGUCUACACAAUCAGACUACAAGGCUCGAGGACGCACGAAAGAUUGCAGCAGUUCACGAGAUUCACCCUGUCCGCGCACUCGCAGCAUGCACCCAACAACCCCGCUGCUCGGAUCGGUUACUUCCAAUUAUUCCCGGACUCGUUGACCACCUUCAACGAGGAUUGCGUCAACACCAUCUCCGAGGCGUCGGAUUAUCCGAAAACCGAGGUCCAAGUGAUGUGGAGGGCACCGACGAACGGAUCGGGAUGCGUUAUCUUCACGGCCAUGAUUCUGGAGAAUAACGUGCGAUGGUACGCCGAGGACGAUGCUCUGACCAAAACCUUCUGCGAGGUCGGCCCUAAGGAUGUGGAGGUCCUCGACGUCGACAGGUGCUGCGCCUGCGACGAGGCCAAGUAUUCGCUAACUAUGGAGGGCAUCUGGUCGAACGUGACCCAUCCGAAGGACUUCCCGUUCUCCUUGUGGCUGACCCACUUCAGCGACGUGAUCGGCGCGACCCACGUCCCCGGGUUCUCCUUCUGGGGCAAAGACCACAUCGCGACUGAUGGGUUUCGGCAGCUGGCCGAAUGGGGAUCAGCAUCCGGGGUGGAGGCAGAGCUCAGGGCUAACUCCAACAAGCUGAGGACCCUGAUCAAGUCCGCCGGCCUUUGGUAUCCCAACGUAAACACCAACACUACCACCAGCUUCAGAGUAGACAGAAACCACCCGCUGCUGUCGGUGGCCUCGAUGCUGGGACCGUCUCCGGACUGGGUGGUCGGCGUCAGCAAAUGGAACCUCUGCAGAAAGGACUGCACCUGGACGAAAAGCGAGAUAAUCGACCUCUACCCCUGGGACGCGGGCACCGACAACGGCAUCUCUUACAUGUCUCCCAAUUCCGAAACGAAGCCCCGGGAGAAGAUGAAGCCGAUAACCACCCUGUACCCCGAAGAUCCUAGAUCACCGUUCUACGAUCCGACUGGUAGACCGAUGAUGCCGUUGGCCAGGCUGUACUUGAACAGGGAGAAGCUGGUUUCCAGGAGCUGCAGCGAGGAGAUCCUUCAGCAACAGGUGUCGCAAUUGGAGGUCGCUGAGAACACCGAGGACACCGCCAGGCCUGAAUGUGGGACCACGAAGUACUCGGACUGGUCAACCUGCUCGGUGACCUGCGGCAAGGGACUGAGGAUGAGGACCAGGUCCUAUCUGAUGCCGGAGAAGGCAGCGAUGUUCCAGUGCAACAUGCAACUGGUCUCGAAGGAGAUGUGCGUCGCCUCCAUACCAGAAUGCUCAGGGGAAGAGGAGUCGAUCGAAGAGGGGGUAGUUGCCGUAGACGAUGCGCUCUGCAUGACCACGGAAUGGAGCAAAUGGAGUCCAUGUUCCUCGAGCUGCGGGGUCGGGGUGUCGAUGCGAACUAGAAGAUUCAAGGAUCGCAUGGGUCGCAAGCGAUGUCCGCACGUCUCCAUUGUCGAUAAGAUGAAGUGCAUGAUGCCAGCGUGUGAAGACGGCGAGGGCGAGGAACAAGUUGAUGCCGCGUGCCAGGUAACAGAGUGGUCGAACUGGUCGCCCUGUAGCGUCUCCUGUGGCAAAGGGACAACGUUGAGAAGUAGACUGCUCCUCACUCCGGAUCGUCCCGAGUGCUACGAUAUCCGGUUGACUGAUCGACAAUCUUGCUUGGAGCAGGCUGACUGCACCUUCGACAUGGCCACCGCGAAAGUGGUCUGCAUGGAGGAACCCGAUCCAGGUCCCUGCAGAGGCUACUUCCAAAGAUGGAGCUUCAUUCCUCAGAAACUGAUGUGCGUGCCGUUCGGUUACGGUGGGUGCCGUGGCAACAGGAACAACUUCUUGACUGCCGAGGAUUGCAACAACACUUGCAGCGUCGUGAGAGCGAUCCUCAGCGGAGACUCGGUGAACUUUACCAGUCCUCAACAGUCGCCUGAGUCCGCCGCUCCGGUUGAUUGCCUCGUGUCCAGCUGGUCACCUUGGACCACUUGCAGCGCUUCUUGCGGCACUGGACGCGUCACCAGCUUCCGGACCAUUAAGCAACAGCCGCAGAACGGUGGCCGUCCUUGCCCGAAGAAGCUGCAGCGUCGCUCGCGGUGCCUGCUCGCGCCUUGCGAGUAGCACUCGAAAAUAAACUCGAUCCGGGACCGGCGGAGCUGGAACAGCAAACAGAAGAGACAGGGACCAUGAUCGCGUUUAGGCGGGUGCCGUGGAACACGUUAACGCUUUGACCGUGAUGCCAGCAAUCUUAAACGUUUUAUAAAUACAAGUAUUUUAUUUAACGCGACAGGUUUACGAGCGUCAAGAUGGCGCGAUCCGAAAAUUCGAACUUCCGAAAUCGUAAAAAAUACAUUUUGCGGGGAAGUUAAUCAACAAAUUGGUUUCAUUGGACAUGAAUUUACCGACGAAGGUUAAGAAACAUGUUACAUCUUAAUGUGGAACAAUUUUAAUUUUCCAUGGCUUUAUAAUUUUGAAGUUUUAUUUUAUUUUUCUAGUUCUUAUUUUUUAUUCUUUUUAUCUCUACUAUCUUUUUUAUUUCUCGUACGCACUGGAUAAAACGAUAUUGCAAUGUAAACAAUUUGUUGUACGCCUAGCUAUAAUAUGUACUUUUAAAAUAUCAUAUUUGAUGAUGAAAAUGUUUAAAAAUACAAACAAAUACGUGCUCUUUAUUUUUAUAAAGGAAUAUGAAAUAGCUGCUUUUGCUGGCACGAAAAGCUAGUGUUAAUCGAAUUAGAAUUAAAAAUUAACGCCUAAUAAAAAAGAUAUAAUAGAUUAAUUUAAGUAAGAAUUAAUUUCUGAAUCGCGGCAAACACACAGUUCCGUCACUCGUACACAUGUGUGAACGACGCGACAAUCAAAGUGUUAAAAACCGACAGAGAGAAUCGUCAGCCGUUUUACAUUAUCCGCCUCGAGUGCGAAGAGAUUACGCGAGUUCUUUCUUUCUUCUACGAAUAACAUGAUGGGUAUGAAAUAAACCGAUGUAUCAGAAUAAAUGGUAUUUUAUUAAUGGUCAA